CCGUAAGAGAUUUCGACAAGCAUCCAAUAUCGGCCAUCAUAGACCACGGAAGCGAUGAGCCAGCGCACAGGGAUGAGGACAGGUCGGUGGCCGACGAGCUGGCGAAGCGAGUCAGGGUCCUCUGUUGGAUCAUGACUCAGCCGAGCAACCAUGAGAAGAAGGCGAAGCACGUCAAGGCGACGUGGGGAAAGAGAUGCAAUAAGUUGAUAUUUAUGAGUACUGAUGAAGAUGACUCGUUGCCGUCCAUAAAGCUUCCGGUAAAGGAAGGACGGGACUAUCUUUGGGCCAAAACUAAGGAAGCGUUUCGUUAUGUUUACGAAUAUCAUCGACGGGACGCGGAUUGGUUUCUCAAGGCAGACGAUGAUACGUACGUGGUGAUGGAGAACUUGAGGUACAUGCUCGCAGACUACGACACCAACGAGCCUAUAUACUUCGGGUGCCGUUUCAAACCCUUCACUCCACAGGGCUAUAUGAGCGGUGGUGCUGGCUACGUGCUGAGUCGAGAGGCGCUCGAUAGGUUCGUGAACAAGGCGCUACCCUCGCCGCAUUUGUGUAAAGCCGCCGAUGAAGGUGCUGAAGACGCCGAAAUUGGCAAGUGUUUGAACAAUAUAGACGUGAAGGCAAUGGAUUCUCGCGACUCUAUGAACCGAGGCAGAUUCUUCCCGUUCACGCCGAAGGAUCACUUGUUUCCUAGCACUAACAAAGACUAUUGGUAUUGGAAGUACAUAUACUAUCCAACUGACGAGGGAUUAGACUGCUGUUCAGAUUACGCGGUAUCAUUCCACUACGUGAAUCCAGAGGAAAUGUACGUGAUGGACUAUCUCAUAUACCAUCUGCGGCCGUAUGGGAUCAAGCAUGGCAGCGGCGAGUUGCCGAAAAUACUCCAAAAUAAUAAUGAUAAUAAUCUCAGGACAAGUCAAACAGUGUCAUCCAGACCAAGUUCAACUAGCUAAAGCUUGUGUCAUGGGCACUAGAUAACUGAUACAAAUACAUAUACGUAUAUAUUUUUUUCGUAAAUAUAUACAUAUUAGGUAUACAUAGAAAACACCCAGACCGAUACAAACAAGCAUACAAAUAUUUAUACCAUGCGAGAUCCAACCGCGACCAUCGGUCGUAAAGCGGUGUGCUAACCGCUAGACCACCGAGGUCGUCUGUAUGAUAUGAAGGAUAUUAAUGUCAUAUAGCCCAUGAAAUUACGUAUAAUAAGAAUGUAUAAAAU